UUUGUGUUUGACACAGAAACAAAAGACUUGGUCACUGUACACACAGAUGGAAACGAACAGCUGUCCGUAAUGCGUUACUCACCAGAUGGAAAUUUCUUGGCAAUAGGUUCCCAUGACAACUGUAUUUAUAUAUAUGGCGUAAGUGAAAAUGGAAGAAAGUACACUAGAAUUGGCAAAUGUUCGGGUCAUUCCAGCUUCAUUACUCAUCUGGACUGGUCUGUUAAUUCACAAUAUCUUGUGUCUAAUUCAGGAGACUAUGAAAUCUUAUACUGGAUCCCCUCUGCUUGUAAACAAGUUGUGAGUGUUGAAACAACUAGAGAUAUAGAAUGGGCCACUUACACCUGUACUUUAGGAUUUCAUGUUUUUGGUGUAUGGCCGGAAGGUUCAGAUGGAACAGAUAUCAACGCUGUCUGUCGAUCACAUGGGAGAAAACUGCUAUCAACAGGGGAUGAUUUUGGCAAAGUACAUCUCUUCUCAUAUCCAUGUUCACAGUUUAGGGCUCCAAGCCACGUGUACGGUGGACAUAGUAGUCAUGUAACUAAUGUAGAUUUUCUCUGUGAAGACACCCAUCUCAUCUCCACAGGCGGAAAAGAUACGAGUAUUAUGCAGUGGCGAGUCAUUUAGAGGAAACAUCAGUGUGAACAUACACAGUUGAGUCGACCAUGCACAGAACUUAUGUAUAAACUGUAUAUUUAAAACUUAACAGUAUGUUUGCAGUUUAGCCUGGUCACUGUGAUUUUCGUUUAAAAAAUUCUUACAAACCUCAGGAAAAUUAAGCCCUGUGCUGGUUACUUUACUCAGUCUAGUGAUUUUUUUUUUUUGAUUGUGUCACACCUUAAGAAUGAUCAUUUUCUCUUCUGUUGUACAAUAUACAAUGCAGUACAAGUUUAAUAUAAGAAAUGUGGCUUGACAGUUUGCAAUACAGUGGUAUCAGCAGAAUGUGACUAUCUUAAAUGUUUUCUAUACACACUGCUAAAAUGGUCACAAAAAUGCCUUUCAAAGACUGUAUAUAUGUGCUUAUUUGUUUCACUAUCUACACUUUGUACUGUAUAUCUACUUAUUUAGAAAAAUCUAUGGCGAUAUCAAGGUACCGAAUUGUUUCUGAUGGAGGAUGAUGCAUAAACCGAGAUGUAAGAUGCAAAACUGAAGUGUUUUAGACCUGAAAAUGUGAAUGGUGGUAAAUUUGCAUUCUCUUGGGAAUAGCACACCUCAGGUAUCACCCGUGAGGAGUUGUGUUCCC